AUGUAUGACAACAUGUCCACAAUGGUAUAUAUAAAGGAAGACAAGUUGGAGAAGCUUACACAAGAUGAAAUCAUCUCUAAGACGAAGCAAGUCAUUCAGGGGCUGGAAGCUCUGAAGAAUGAGCACAACUCCAUUUUACAGAGUUUGCUGGAGACACUGAAGUGUUUGAAGAAAGAUGAUGAGAGCAACUUGGUGGAGGAGAAAUCCAACAUGAUCCGGAAGUCCCUGGAGAUGCUGGAGCUUGGGCUGAGUGAGGCACAGGUCAUGAUGGCGUUGUCAAAUCACCUGAAUGCUGUUGAGUCAGAGAAGCAGAAAUUGCGUGCUCAGGUUCGUCGUCUGUGCCAGGAGAAUCAGUGGCUGCGGGAUGAACUGGCCAACACGCAGCAGAAGUUACAGAAGAGCGAGCAGUCUGUGGCCCAGCUGGAGGAAGAGAAGAAGCACUUAGAAUUCAUGAACCAGCUAAAGAAAUACGAUGAUGAUAUUUCUCCCUCAGAGGACAAAGAUACUGAUUCUACCAAAGAGCCACUGGAUGAUCUCUUUCCGAAUGAUGAGGAUGACCCAGGCCAAGGAAUUCAGCAGCAGCAUAGCAGUGCUGCUGCCGCCGCCCAGCAAGGAGGCUAUGAGAUUCCUGCGCGGCUGCGCACGCUCCACAACCUGGUGAUCCAGUACGCAUCACAGGGGCGCUACGAAGUGGCUGUGCCACUCUGCAAGCAGGCCCUGGAGGACCUGGAGAAGACUUCGGGCCAUGACCACCCUGACGUGGCCACCAUGCUCAACAUCUUGGCCUUGGUGUACAGGGAUCAGAACAAAUACAAAGAUGCAGCUAAUCUACUGAAUGAUGCUUUGGCUAUCCGUGAAAAAACUUUGGGCAAAGAUCAUCCCGCGGUGGCAGCAACUCUGAACAAUCUUGCUGUGUUAUAUGGUAAACGAGGGAAGUACAAGGAGGCUGAGCCUUUGUGCAAAAGAGCCCUGGAGAUCAGAGAGAAGGUAUGA